CGAGAGGACACAUUGAGCUCCUUGUCCGAUAGUCUAGUUAGAAUGUGACGAGCUGUGCCGGUCUUUGACGAUCCUUCCUGUUCCAGGAAUUUGUCCGAAGACGGUAAUAAAUUCUUUAUAGGACCCUGCUUGAAACGUUUUUAUCUCGGAUCUUAUUACAAGCCCUUGGAGGAAAGUAUUUGAUGGGGUGCCGUGAGUUUUAAGGUUUCCAACCUUUUAAGGACUCAUUUUACUAUAGUUUACCUGAGAAGAAUUUUUUUUGAAAACUUUUUUUUCUUAAAAGUGUAUCGGUACUUUAAGGUAUUUUUAAACGGAUUCAGCGAUGGAAGGAUUGACGGAAUUUGUGUCCAAGUCUUUUGAGGAGUGCACAGAUAACAUCAAGAAGGAGACACUCAGUAUACCCGUGGUGUGUGAUGACAAAAACAAUUUGGACUCUGAAAAUAUCAAGAUCACCAGUUCGGGAAGUGAAGAUGAGAAGAGCUGCGACGAAUCUGACGACGACUUGUCCAUAGGAGGGAGAGAAAAGGGUGUUCUAACAGUAAAAACAGAUUUGAAGGAAGGAAAAGAGAAGGAGGAAGAGGGCUCCCCUAAAGUCAAACAGAGACGCAGCAGAACAAACUUCACCUUAGAACAAUUGAACGAGUUGGAACGUCUCUUUGACGAGACCCAUUAUCCCGACGCCUUCAUGAGAGAAGAACUCAGUCAGAGGCUUGGACUCUCAGAGGCCCGUGUUCAGGUAUGGUUCCAGAACAGACGUGCCAAAUGCCGGAAACAGGAGAGUCAGAUGCAGAAAGCCGGUCUUCUAAUGCAGUCUCAAGGUACCCCCCUAGACCCGUGCCGAGUCGCCCCCUUCAUGAAUCUUCCCCAUGUGCGAGAACCCGGGAUUGAGAGACUGCCGUAUCCACCAUUCUACCCCUUUCUACCCCUCCAUCCCGCCGCUGCUGCCGCUGCUGCUGCUGCCGCCGCUAGCGCCUCUCAACAUCCAAUUCACCCGAUGCUUCUUUAUCAUCACCACCUCGCUGCCCUCAACUACACCGCACUUCCGGAUAGCAGCUUCCGGUCCGCCAAGAACUCAAGUAUUGCAGAUUUACGUCUCAAAGCGAGGCAACAUUUGGCAAGCCUCGGGAUAUAACCCGGAAAAAGACAAUUGAAUAGCAAAAAUUAGGAACUUGGUUUGCUGAAACGGAUAAAGAAUGUUUUCCAGCUCAAAAAAUGACAAAUGUACGAAUGCAGUAAAAUCAUUUCUAGACCAGAUGAGAGGUUUAUUAACAGAAAUGAUGCGAUCAAAAUUACAUCAGUUGCCUUCGUGCAAACAAAAAAAGGACCGUUGGCCUGGGAAAAAAUUGAUUGUGACAAAACUUAUACAGCGUCAAGAACGCCGAGGCUGGUGAUCAAUUUGGCUACGGGUGAACGAAUUUCGAACCAACCAUCCAUGUCGCUGUGCGAACUUGCCUGUUUCAUACCUCAUCUUCGCAGAAACCAUUUUCACAAUUGCCAAAGAAAGGCGACCUUUUCAAGCCGGACUUGAGCCAUGAAGAUUGUUCUAGGCGCACUUCUUUUCCAAAAGGGCGGAGUAAGAUGUACACAGCCCGAUCACUCAACUCACAGUUUGGACAUGCGUGGUUUCAUUCUCAUCCGGGUCCUUAAAGGACCAAUUGAACAGUUGUACUUUUUCUUGCACAUUACCGUGUAUUUAUGCAUAUCUUUUUAAAUGUGACGUUGUGUGUGUUUAAAUGGGAACUGCUACAUAAUUCAGUGACUAAUUGUAUAGACCCAACUUCGUUAGUCGGGAUGUUGUUUAUCCAAUAACUAUCGGGUUUGUACAGUGAACCCCCGAUAGGACAGAAACCCGAUAUCCGGGCGAUUGCCGAUAGAAACGUAUGUAAGUAUACUCAAGAUAGAAAUUGAUUUGGUAAUAAUAUCGCUGUGGCUCGCAACGGUACCGACCGGAUAAACGGGGUUUCACUCGACACUUGAAUAAGCUCCUUUACAGAAACCCGUUCACCCGCUCGAUACUGAUGCCGAUUGCGGUUUGUCCAGAUUCAUGAGGUUCGACUAUGAUACUUUUUUUUUGUAGAUAUCCUUUUUAACUCUUAAAUAAUCCAUGCAUAUUCUCAAUAAACCGCAGCACAUACAUUUCAUGAAAAGAACAACACUGCAAUGUUUCGCUUUGUAUAAAUGUGUUGGAUAUUGCGGGGUAUCGACACGUGCAAGUCUGUGUUGUUAUUUGAGAGUAAGAAUCCCCCUCCUUGUCUCUCUGCUACAGACCAGUGAGGAGUCAGGACACUGUAAGCCGUGUUAUUCAAGGGAUGUGUAAAGACACACCCUCGCGAUCCUUGCUGUCGCAGUUAACGUGGGAUAUGUUUAUGAUUAUGCAAAGCAGUCUGAAAUCACUGAAAUAAUUCCAUUGGCAAGAACUGCUCUGAUUUCAGUGUUAGCGUGUUUGUUUACAAAGAGGAGAAACGUCCUGUCACGUGGUAUGCAAAUUAGAUUAGGCAGUGGUGUAAUGCUGAGUGUAAGACUGUCAUAGCAAUAUGAUAAGACCUACUACUACUACUACUACUACUACUGACAAU